AUGGUGAGGUGGGUGGCACGAAUGCAGGCGGACGGCCCCAGCAGCCUGCAAGUCAAUGACAUCGCCGGCGCACACGGUGCUGUUUCUGGCACUUGGUGUCUUGAGUCUUGUCAGGCGUCGCAAGAAGAAAGCGGAUACGCAUUGUACCCUAUUCGCGUCCCCAUCUCCCCGACGGCUUCCCCCGCGUCUGCCCUCUCGUUUCCCGCAGUGCCAACUAGCGAAAAAGUAGACGGUGUGUCUAAACGAAGUAACGGGAUCGAAAUAUAUUUACCCAAACGAAGAGUUAAGAGGGAAGAAGAUCCAGACCCGAGAUGCGAAUAUUUUAUGUUUAAUAAUAAUAAUAAGGAUCAGAAAUAUAUUUCGCAUCCCUAUGGUGAUGACAGUAAAAAUAAUUAUUAUUACAGCAAUUUGGAUUGUGUCACUGUUAUAAGUGGCGAUGAGGGGAAAGUAGUUGAAUUGACGUUUGUCGAUAUGUUUCAUAUUGAAUAUCAUCCGCAGUGCACUUACGACUAUUUAGAAAUUCGUGACGGUCCGAGGGGCUACUCUAAAUUAAUAGAUAAGGUGUGUGGGGAGGCAUUCCCACGGCAAAUACGUACGACAGGACCAAACGCGUGGCUAAAAUUCCACUCCGACGACACAAUAGAGUACGAAGGGUUUAGAAUAGCAAUCAAUUUUAUUGAAUUAAGUACAAGUGUCAGUAUACCAGAGGAAUGUAAUAUGGUGGAAACAGCGAGGUUCGGUACCAUAGACACGCAGAAAAUCAGCGAUAAGUGCAAAGCGAGCAGUUCUAAUCAAAACCUUGAUGUUCUGUGGACCAUAAAAACUCCGGAGAAUACCAAGAUUUACCUCAACUUCACCCAAUACUCAUUAGUUAAACCCAACGAAUGUGAGGACAAUGUGGUUCAGGUGUUCGGAUAUAUAUUGGAAUAUGAAUCAAGACUCGCACACUACUGUGGCUCUGUAGCCAAUCCGGUGACUACUAAAGGCGACGGGACUAAGGGCAAAGGAGAUCGUGGCAAUAUUAUGUAUGUUCGUCUGUUCACCUCCAAGGCAGGCAAAAAGUCAUCCUUCCAAGCUACAUACACUGCGUAUAGAAGUCUGGAUCCGACUAAGGAUGAGAAAUGCGACCCUGACACAGAGUUCAACUGUGAAGAUAACACAUGUAUAGACAAGUUGUUAAAAUGUGACAAAGUAGCGCACUGUCGACUGAAAGCAGACGAGGAACACGACGACUGCAAGAUGGAAGCCGAGUCAACGAUAAAGCAGACACACAUCUUGGUGAUUCUCGUCAUAUUUUCUCUCAUCCUCUCUGGAAUGACGUUUGUGUUCCUGUUCAAGUGUAUCCGGAAGCUGUAUGAGGACCACAAGAUUAUCAAGGAACACAUCCGUCAAUCCUGUGAAGACCGGCUGGAUAGCCUGGUAACCAGUCGCUUAACCCUCGAUGCAAAACGUCUGCAGCGGGAUAGUGAACCCAGGGCCAGCCUGGAGAGAGAGAAUCACACCAACGAAAUGUUCAAGCAACAGAGAAAAUUCUCACAACAGAAGAUAAGACCAACCAGCAUCGACUCCGACUUCAUCCAAGAAACCCACCUCGACAUGGAAGACGAACCUUGGAGACGAGAUGUAGAAACGGAGACGGAAGAAGUAAAAAUAGAACGCAACGGAAAGAGGCGUAGUGACAUCAGCAGAAGGGAGGAGUCGCUGAGGAAAAGAGAGGAGUCAAAGAUGAGGGAAGAGGAGAGGAAAAGAGAGAUAAGAGAUGUGUCGGUCGGUGCGCCGGAUACAAAGGAGUCUGCCUGUCAGACCAGGGAGAGUUUGUUUCAAGCCGAAACUGCUUUGAGUUCAGAUGGUUCUGGAACCACAAAUAGCCGAGGCUUUUCAACGUUCGGUUAUUCCGGGGCUACUAUAGUUAGGCCUUCGCCACCAGCGCCCACUAACACGUCACAAAUUACAAUAGAGCUUCUAAGACAGGCCACACCUCAAGAAACCAAAUUACAAAAGAAAAUCAACGACCGCCGUCCAAUGAGCACUGAGACCACGCGAUCCGCGCCUGACGUCAUCAUAGUCUCAAAACCGGUUCGCUGA